CGGAGCGGAUUAAGGUAGUGAAUUCCUAAGAAGAAAAUAAUGGAUUGCAUAUUACUUGUUCUCUAAUUGUUUGAACUCAGAAGUGUGCAGGUUUGUUGCAAAAGCCAAAAGAAGAUGGCAACUCCUUAUGUCCCAGUUCCUAUGCCAAUAGGGAACUCUGCUUCCAGUUUUGCAACCAACAGAAACCAAAGAAGUUCUUCUUUUGGGAGUAUCGCAACAAGCUCAAACUCUUCCAAAGGCCAGUUAGAAGACUCAAAUAUGGGUGCAGAUUCUUCCAUUGAGUAUUCUGCUAGACCAAGAGAAAGUGAAGAACAAAAUCCUGAAACAGUGAAUUUGGAAGAUAGACCUUCUACACCUAUUAUCCUGGGUUAUGAGGUGAUGGAAGAAAGAGCUAAAUUUACUGCUUCCCUGGUGGCUCAGUGAUUAGGAAAACGCCUGCCAAUGCUGGGGACACGGGUUCGAGCCCUGGUCCAGGAAGAUCCCACAUGCCGCAGAACAACUAAACCCGUGUGCCACAACUACUGAGCCUGCGCUCUAGAGCCCAUGUACCACAAC